ACGUCGCGGAUAGUCGCGUGUAUCGCUCACGGUCGCGGGCAGAAUGCGUGUAUACACGAACCAUCUAGUUACCUCACGUACCGUAGAUUAAAUCACUUCGUUUCGUGACCGAACCGAUGCAUCGCAAAAAUUCCUCGUAAAUAUCAUCUGUGACGUAUAUAGUUCGUGAUCCUUCGGCGAGUCGAUCGAAUUGUUUCGAUGCAGUGAAUCGUGCCGCAGGUUACGUUCCACGUUCGAUGCGCUCGCGAGCGAUCGAUAUACGACAGGAAACGAGGAAAAGCGUAUAAUCGCGAAAAACAAAUAUACGGUACACGAUCUCAUCCGGUGACAGCAUAGCCGCGUGGAAUUCGAUACCGUGACAGGUAAUCGUGGAACGUUUUGUCGACAUAUUCAUCACACUUCGUCAACGAUUCCACGCUCUUGGACACAGAUAACGUAUCCGAGUUUCUUGCGAUCGAUCGAUCGGUCGGUCGACUAACAAGUCCCAGUGGCGGCACGCUUUCUUGGAGGUGCGUAGCCUUAAGCGGAAAUAGUGGCCACGGAUUGAUUCGCGGGUGAAAGGGAGGCCAGUUGAAACCACUUCCUUAAAAAAGAGUAGGUCUCCGUGAAAAUACGUCCUCUCGCGCUUCUUGUGCUGCGUCCAGGCGGCGUUGAUGGUCGACCCACAGCGAACGUUUCGAUAUUCAUAGGCGUCUUGUGACUUUCGAUGUCUUCGCGAAAAGUUUUCACCAUAGAUAGACUGCCGCUUCCAUGAAAGUUUUGACGACUAAGUAAGGUAGCAGCUCGAAAAUGGAGAGUUUCUUGUACAAUGGCAACGGGUUUACUUGAAACGCGAGCACAUCAAAGUUGUUCUUGAACUUCUUCGAGUCGUGUCAGAAUCGUCAGUUGAAUUUUCACGAAAAUGGAGAACAUGGAGGAGCGAUCUCCGUUGUUGGAGAAGAAAGUAAGCACCGCGACAAAAGCAGCCUAUGCUUUGGGUCACGUUUUCAAUGAUCUCACUGCCGCCAUGUGGUUCUCCUACACCCUUCUCUAUUUUCAAAGGGUGGCCCUGCUGGAACCUAUCAUUGCUGGUGCUCUCUUACUUUUAGGUCAAAUCGUGGAUGCCUUCAUGACUCCAAUCUUCGGAAUACUGGUGGACCGAUACCUGAAGAAAAAAGUUUGGCACAUAAUCGGCUCGGUGAUGGUCACAGUGUCGUUUCCACUGAUUUUUGGUGGCUUUAUCGAGCCGGCAAACGCGGGUAUCAUGGCUCUCUACGUGAUCAGCAUCUCCGUAUUUCAAACUGGCUGGGCAGCCGUGCAAAUAUCGCAUUUAUCCAUGAUUCCCGCGCUGACGAAUUCAUUACUGGCAAGGGCAGACUUGACAGCGAUAAGGUAUUCCGCUCAAGUUGGAGCAGCCGUUGCGGUAUUUAUCGUUACAUGGAUAGUUCUACCCACGAACGAGGAAGCAAUGGUGCGAUUGGCUGAACAGGAUAGUUACAAAUUUAGAAACAUCGUGCUGACUUUAACGUCCUUCGGUCUGGUGGCUACCAUACUCUUCCACGUGUUUUUGAAAGGGAAUCUCUUAGAGAAUUCCAAUUCGCACAAAGGGAACGCUGAAGAAGCUAGGAGACUAAUCGAUAAUCCUCAAAGUGAUCGAAGCACCUGGGUCAGUACGACAAUGUUGUUGAGGGUGGCUAUGCUAUACGUAGCCAGCAGACUGUUUAUCACAUUGGCCACGGUGUAUUUGCCCCUUUACAUAGAAGAAUCGGACGUCGAUGGGAAAGAGGCUCUUGCUACCGUUCCAUUGGCCUCUUACAUAUCCUCCUUUGUCGCAGCUUUAUUGCUGAAGUACAUAAACAAGUCGUGUGGAACAAAGGUAUGCUACUUCUUGGGCACUUUAAUCGGUAUACUUUCCGCCGCGGUCACGGAAUAUGGUGGAUCUUCCGCGGUAGUCAUAUACAUAGUAGCGAUUUUAAUCGGAAGUGCAAGCUCGAUCACGAUGGUCACAGCUUUGAGUGUGACUGCGGAAAUAAUUGGACCGCGAACCGAACGAAGCGCUAUUGUCUACUCGAUAGUGACUUUCCUCGAUAAAGUCGUCACUGGAUUGGUCGUUAUCUUCAUCGAGAAACUGAGAUGCACGCAACCUGCACUUUGCCCGAAUUACAACAGAGACACUCUGAGCCUCGUUUGCAUUCUGUCCAUGUCCUUGGGUCUUCUCACGUUGCUUUCAGUCUCGCGAUGUUUAAAUUAGAAAUGAGGAUAAGAAUGUUCGUAUCGUAAAAUAAGAAAUUUCGUUCAAUACUCUCCUGAUCCUCGUAAAUCUCACGUUGUAACCAACCCG